AGCAGCGAGAGGAACUUUGUUUAGGGCGCACCACUUAUACAGCCCUUACAGAGAGAUGAGAGUCCUUCGGAAAGACGCGCGCCAUCUAUUCCGCUCGGAGCGCCACGCGCGUUUAUUUUGUUAAUUGAGAAAAGUUUGAUGAAGAUAUACAAUGUUUAUGAAUGGGAGUUCAUUGAACAGUUCUGCACUGGACCCUAGCGAGCAAGCUCUUCACCGGCCGCCCUGGGUCACCACUACUCUCGGGUGUUUCCUCAUAUUCACUAUAGUGGUGGAUAUUUUAGGAAACCUGCUGGUCAUAUUCUCCGUUUACAGAAACAAGAAACUUCGAAACGCAGGUAACAUCUUUGUGGUCAGUCUGGCCGUGGCGGACCUGGUUGUGGCCAUCUAUCCGUAUCCACUUGUCCUCACUUCCAUAUUUCACCGGGGCUGGAACCUUGGAUACAUGCAUUGCCAGAUCAGCGGCUUCCUGAUGGGCGUCAGCGUAAUCGGCUCCAUUUUCAACAUCACCGGCAUCGCAAUUAACCGUUACUGUUACAUAUGCCACAGCCUCAAGUAUGACAAGCUAUACAGCGACAAAAACUCAGUGUGUUAUGUGCUCUUGAUCUGGGCGUUGACAGUGCUCGCCAUCGUGCCCAACUUGUUCGUGGGCUCACUGCAGUAUGAUCCGCGGGUUUAUUCCUGUACGUUUGAGCAGUCGGCUAGCUCUGCGUAUACAAUCGCCGUCGUCUUCUUCCACUUCAUACUUCCCAUCAUGAUCGUUACUUACUGCUACCUGCGAAUCUGGGUUCUGGUCAUACAGGUGAGGCGACGCGUCAAGCCUGACAAUCGCCCCAAGCUCACGCCGCAUGAUAUACGAAACUUUGUCACAAUGUUUGUGGUGUUCGUGCUCUUUGCCGUGUGCUGGGCACCUUUAAAUUUCAUUGGGUUGGCUGUGGCGAUUUCUCCAGAGCGUGUGGUUCCUCUGAUACCCGAGUGGCUCUUUGUGGCAAGUUAUUUCAUGGCGUACUUUAACAGUUGCCUCAAUGCAAUAGUCUACGGAGUGCUGAACCAGAACUUUCGUCGCGAGUACAAGCGUAUUGUGGUGUCGGUAUGUACUGCAAAGAUCUUUUUUCCGGAAAGUUCUAAUGAAGCACAAGAGAGACUCAAGAGCAAACCCUCGCCACUCAUGACUAACAACAAUCAGGUCAAGGUGGACUCUGUGUGAACGGCCAUUCUGGAAAAUCCAGCAUAGCUGGUCUGACACCAACUGGUAACUGGUUCAUUGCUGGUCCAAGUUGGUCUGACAGCUUGGACCCGCUAGAAACCAAAUGCCAAGUUCCAAAACAGCUUAAGGGGUUUGCAGGGGUUUGUAUGUGUGU